GGGUCCAGAUUCACUUCCGGCGUACGUACACCUCCUCUUACGUUUUCUUGUUAAUGGAGGGCGGCAGCUGCUAAGCGGGACCCAGAUAACCGUUGUCCGAAAGGGGAAAGUCUCCCCUGUCUCCGGCUUUCUGCUCGCUUCCAGGGCCAGAGCUCGCCAGCAUGUCUGUGGUACCGCCGAAUCGCUCGCAGACGGGCUGGCCGCGGGGAGUCAACCAGUUCGGCAACAAGUACAUCCAGCAGACUAAGCCCCUCACCCUGGAGCGCACCAUCAACCUGUACCCUCUUACCAAUUACACUUUUGGUACAAAAGAGCCCCUGUAUGAAAAGGACAGCUCUGUUGCUGCCAGAUUUCAGCGCAUGAGGGAGGAAUUUGAUAAAAUUGGAAUGAGGAGGACUGUAGAAGGGGUUCUGAUUGUACAUGAGCACCGGCUUCCCCAUGUGUUACUCCUACAGCUGGGAACAACUUUCUUCAAAUUACCUGGUGGUGAACUUAACCCAGGAGAAGAUGAAGUUGAAGGACUAAAACGCUUAAUGACAGAGAUACUGGGUCGCCAGGAUGGAGUCUUGCAAGACUGGGUCAUUGAUGACUGCAUUGGUAACUGGUGGAGGCCAAAUUUUGAGCCUCCGCAGUAUCCAUAUAUUCCUGCACAUAUUACAAAGCCUAAGGAACAUAAGAAGUUGUUUCUGGUUCAGCUUCAAGAGAAGGCCUUGUUUGCAGUCCCUAAAAAUUAUAAGCUGGUAGCUGCACCAUUGUUUGAAUUGUAUGACAAUGCACCAGGAUAUGGACCCAUAAUUUCCAGUCUUCCUCAGCUGUUGAGCAGGUUCAAUUUUAUAUACAACUGAAUUCCUGCGCAGAGGAGAAGUAAAAGAAGCCGUCUCUGUGAGCACAGCUAUAAACAGUGUAGAAGAAUAAACAUGGUAGAAAAGUUUUUUUGGUGUUUAUCCUUUUCCCAAGCCCUAAAUUUCCCCCUUUCUAUUGUUUGAAUAGUAAAGUUCAUAUGAAGAACUAGAUAGUGAUGCAAAUAAUGUAAUGUUUACUUUUGGUUCUACUCAUGCUUUUUUGUACAACAUUAAAGAAAGUGAACUUCUAUUUGUAUUUUUUUAAUUUCUCAUUAAACUUUGAAAACUCUUGUGGUUGAUCUUUUUUACCUCUUUUAUGCUGGUAAAUGUUAAGACACAAUGUAGUUUAGGCCAGUGGAGUUUUAUGGGACCCUUGCUCCCAUUCCAUUCUAGGCUGCAUACAGGUACUUCAAGACUGCACAGACCUUUGUAAUGAGGAUUUUCAAUUAUUUUUAGGAACAAGCUUUGAUUGAGUCCGAGAUGCAACUCCUGAACCAGACUUUGUUCUCUAGUGCAGUGAUGGCAAACCUUUUAGAGACCAACUACCCAAACUAACUCAAAAUCCACUUAUUUAUUGCAAAGUGCCAACACUGCAAUUAAACCUGAAUACUGAGGUUUUAGUUUAGUAAAAACAACUCAUACACUUGGCUCAUGUGCUGACAGAGGGCUCUGUGUGCCUGCCAUGGCAUGUGUGCCAUCAGUUCACCACCAGUGUGCUAGUGAGUUCUAUAGAGAACUCAGUAUAUUAACUGACUAGUACAUUUUAUAACCAUCCAGGCCGUAGGUUAAAAGCAACAGACCCUUGCCAGGGAUUUAGCUCAGUGGCACCUCACCUGCCUCACAAGCAUAAGGUCCUGAGUUCGAUCCCCAGUACUGGAAAACAAAAAAAAAGAAAUUGUCUGUUUUAAAUUCUGCCCAAUAAAUCCCUUUAUUCCUCUCAAAAAAAAAAAAAAAGCAACAGACCCUAAA